GCUGCGAGUCCCGGUCGCUGCGGCCGUGUCCGGCUUUGUGUAUCUGGGAUCUCGCAACACCGCUGCUUCUUCCCUUUAGACUCUUUUAUAGAAAAAGGCAGGAAAGCAGAGAAAGGAUUUCCCUGAGUCCUGAAAGGUGGAGGCAAAGGCAGUGGUCCCCAUUGUCUUUCGAUCCAGCGCGAAUGUUCGUGUGGACACGCACAAGUCCAUGGGAUUUUGAAACCGUAACAAAGUUUUUGGAUCGUUUCUAAAGAGCAUAGCAAGCAAAAAAAAAAAAAAAAAAUGACAGAAAAUGACAAGUGCACAAAUGUAGAGAAGUAUGUCGGUGAAAUUAAGGGUGGACUGAGGCCAGCUAUGAAAAUCACUAUCAUGGGCAUGAUAUAUCCUAGUCCCAAAAGUUUUUCAGUGACUUUGCUUUGUGACCCCAAGGAUGAUCACACAACCAGGGAUAUUGGAUUAUUACUUGUAGUUAGCUUUACUGAGAAAUCCAUUGUCCGGAAUUCGCAAAUUGCUGGGAAAUGGGGCAAGGAGGAAAAGACAAUUCCCUACUUUCCAUUUACAGCAGAGGACUCAUUUAAGAUGGAACUUUUAUGUGAACAUCAGCAGAUCCGAAUCCUGCUUGACGGACGUCAGUUGUGUAGUUUCAGUCACCGCGUGCAGCCUGUGCAAAGGAUGACUGUUUUGCAAAUCUCAGGAGACCUCAAGCUUACCAAGGUGGCUUGAGGAAAAUAAUAAAUCCAAAAUGCCCUUCCCAAUGUUGAGCUACAACACUCAGCGGUCCUAGGCAAAAUGACUACCUGCAAAAGAUCCUAGGAGUUUUAACCCAAGCCCUGAAGGGUCAUAAAUUCUCCAUCUCAGUCAUAAAUAAUCUCAUUUCAUUACAGCUUUAUGGCAAAAGUGCUUUUUUCAUUUUUCUUUUCUUUGCCUUUAUGUGUGCCUCUUGAAAUGUUGGUCUGUUUUUUUCUUAGAAUUCUACCCCCUCCUGCCAAAAGAAUUUAAAUAUUGUUUUUUACUUUAGUUCAGGAUUCUGGGAGUCUUGCAGGUCUAUUCUGUUACAGCUGAUUGCAAGCUUUGGGAUGAGAGAGCUGCAGGUGCACAGAGAUUAUAUAUUAAUUUCUAAGAGGAAGACAACUAGUUAUAUGCAAAAGAUAUUUUCAGCACUUUUUAAAAAAAAAUGUGAAGUAAGCUACACUAUGUUCAUUGGAGCUUGUCUCCCAGGUAAAUUUGUAUGCUAUUUUGAAAAAAGAUGAAAAUAAAAUAAUUGUG